UCUACACCAUGCUGUCAGCUGCAAGUCGAGUCGUCUUACGAUGUUGCCGGAUCGUCACCGGUCCCAGCUAUUUUGUCGCUUCCAGAGCGAACAGUGGUUGGUCUGGAUCUCAUACCAAAAACCCGAUGGUAUAUAUGGAUUUGGUGGCAGACAACCAGCCAUUGGGUCGUGUUACUUUCGAGUUGCGAGCUGAUGUGGUGCCAAAAACUACUGAUAAUUUUAGAGCCCUUUGUACAGGCGAGAAAGGCUUUGGAUAUAAGGGAUCUACAUUUCACCGAAUCAUUCCAAAUUUUAUGUGCCAGGGUGGUGAUUUUACCAAUCACAAUGGCACAGGAGGUAAAUCUAUUUAUGGCAGCCGUUUCCCAGAUGAAAAUUUUAUUCUAAAACACACUGGACCAGGUAUUCUUUCAAUGGCCAAUGCAGGACCAAAUACCAAUGGAUCUCAGUUCUUUGUCUGUACAGUGGAAACAGAGUGGCUGGAUAAUAAACAUGUAGUGUUUGGAUGCAUCAAGGAUGGCUAUGACGUAGUGAAGAAAAUAGAGGGCUUCGGUAGCAAGACUGGUCGUCCCACCAAAAAAGUAGUUAUUGCAGAAUGUGGAGAACUUUCAUGAUAUCAAAAUACCAAUUCCUGAGCUGUGAAUUUUUAAAAUUACAAUGCACCUUAACUCUCGUGACUACAAAGUUGUUCUGAUGUCUGAAGAUUCACUUAAUAUAAAUCACAAAUGCUGUUUCCUCUACACAUGAAGCUAUACGGUGUUUGCUUGAUAUCCAAAGCAAUGUGAAUAUGGCAAUUCUGCCGCUUUAAUUACUGGAAGGGUUUAUGGGAAUUAUUUUUUUGGAAUAGAUACAUGCAGUGCCUUGUUUUAUUGAAUUUACUUUUUAACACCCUUGGGGCUUUCAAUUUUCCAUGCAUCCCAGAUGCUGAAGUCUAUACACCCUGAAUGUAUGAAUAAAUGAACAAUGUGACAGAAACAAUUUUGGGCAACAGUAUAUACAAUCGCAGUAUCAGCAACUCAGGGAAACACAAAUGUUGAUGUUUACUUAUGUUCAGAUAAAGGACGGAAUAAAAUAAAAUUGUUUUG